AUGACAGAGGACCUGAGUGCUCAAACUUGGUCCAUCAACAAGGACGAUUAUGUUCUCAACGAGGUGAUUGGUGAGUAUGGCGCUAGACACCUAGCUAGCAUGCUAACCUCCUAGCUAAGCUGACUUUCUUGCAAGACAGCGAGCUAGCUAGCUCGCUAACGUAUAUCUGGUCAGCUAAACCUACAGCUAACCAACCUUACUUUUGACAGCUAGUAAAUAUAUUGAAGUAACGUAACGUUAAACAUGGGCCAAACGUAUGUUUCUCAGUUGUGCGGUCCAUGGGUUGGUUACUAGCUAGCUAGGUAGCUAACAUAGCUAGUUAGCUUCCCAAUGCUAACAUGAAUACCUAGCCUAGCUAACGUUAGCUACAGUAGCUAGCGAAGUAGGUAAACCAAGACAAGUGAAUGAGUGAAGUGCUAGCUAGGGGCAGGAUGGAGGUGGGUGGUUCCCUUCGCUGAAAGAAGGCGUGAUAGGGCUUAGUGAGUCACUCAUACCUUGUGUUAGCAAGGAGUUGGUAGCUAUUAGUCUUUUCUUUCUGUGAAAAUGGACUGGUUUGUGCUUCUGUAUAAUGCUAUAUGUAUGGUAUUGAUUGUAUUUUAAGUUUGAGUCGUAAAGGAGACCACUAAGUCUUGAUACAGAUGAAAAUUGUCUUAAAGGAGACCUAAAUAAGGCCAAACGUAUCUCACAAAUCACUUGAUACAAAUGCCAAAGAUGUGUCAAAAAUCCUUGCAACAAAGGAUAUUCAUUAUAAUAUAAUAGCUAUAUAAUUAAUAUCCUUCCAGCAAAGGAUAUACACUACCGUUCAAAAGUUUGGGGUCAAUUAGACAUUUCCUUAUUUUCCAUGAAAACAUACGAGAAGUGAGUUUGAAUAGGAAAUAUAGCAAAAUGCAUAGGAAAUGUAGUCAUUGACAAGGUUAGAAAUGAUUUUUAAUAGAAAUAAUAAUUGUGUCCUUCAAACUUUGCUUUUGUCAAAUAAUCCUCCAUUUGCAGCAAUUACAGCAUUGCAAACCUUUGGCAUUCUAGUUGUCAAUUUGAGGUAAUCUGAAGAGAUUUCACCCCAUGCUUCCUGAAGCACCUCUCACAAGUUGGAUUGGCUUGAUGGGCACGUAUUACGUACCAUACGGUCAAGCUGCCCCCAAUAAGGGGAUCCGGUGACUGUGCUGGCCACUCCAUUAUAGACAGAAUACCAGCUGACUGCUUCUUCCCUAAAUAGUUAUUGCAUAGUUUGGAGCUGUGCUUUGGGUCAUUGUCCUGUUGUAGGAGGAAAUUGGCUCCAAUCAAGCGCCGUCCACAGGGUAUGGCAUGGCGUUGCAAAAUGGAGUGAUAGCCUUCCUUCUUCAAGGUCCCUUUUACCCUGUACAAAUCUCCCACUUUACCACCACCAAAGCACCCCCAGACUCACAUUGCCUCCACCAUGCUUGACAGAUGGCAUCAAGCACUCCUCUGUGUCUCACAAAUGUUCUUCUUUGUGAUCCGAACACCUCAAACUUCGAUUCGUCUGUCCAGUGUCUGUGUUCUUUUGCCCAGCUUAAUCUUUUCUUUUUAUUGGCCAGUCUGAGAUAUGGCUUUUUCUUUGCAACUCUGCCUAGAAGGUCAGCAUCCCGGCAUCGCCUCUUCACUGUUGACGUUGAGACUGGUGUUUUUUGCGGGUACUAUUUAGUGAAGCUGCCAGAUGAGGACCUGUGAGGCGUCUGUUUCUCAAACUAGACACUCUAAUGUAUUUGUCCUCUUGCUCAGUUGUGCACCGGGGCUUCCCACUCCUCUUUCUAUUCUGGUUAGAGCCAGUUUGCGCUGUUCUGUGAAGGGAGUAGUACACAGCGUUGUACGAGAUCUUCAGUUUCUUGGCAUUUUCUCGCAUGGAAUAGCCUUCAUUUCUCAGAACAAGAAUAGACUGACAAGUUUCAGAAGAAAGUUAUUUGUUUCUGGCCAUUUUGAGCCUGUAAUCGAAUGCACAAUUGCUGAUGCUCCAGAUACUCAACUAGUCUCAAUAAGGCCAGUUUUAUUGCUUAUUUAAUCAGCACAACAGUGUUCAGCUGUGCUAACAUAAUUGCAAAAGGGUUUUCUAAUGAUCAAUUAGCCUUUUUAAAAUGAUAAACUUGGAUUAGCAAACACAACAUGUCACUGGAACACAGGACUGAUGGUUGCUGGUAAUGGGCCUCUGUACGCCUAUGUAGAUAUUCCAUAAAAAAUCAGCCGUUUCCAUCUACAAUAGCCAUUUACAACAUUAACAAUGUCUACACUGUAUUUCUGAUCAAUAUGAUGUUCUUUUAAUGGACAAAAAAAUUGCUUUUCUUUCGAAAACAAGGAAAUGUGUAAGUGACACCAAACUUUUGAACGGAAGUGUAUAUUAUAGGUACUUUGUUUUAUUAGUUGUAUUAGUAGUUGUAGCCAUAUUUUUUAUUAGUUCUAGGCCUAUUAGUAGUUGUACAACGUUUUUAUGCUGUUAAUAUAAAUAUUUUUUGUUUAUUAUUUAAUUUGUAUUAUUAUUAGACAGUUGACAUAUUUUUCUUGUUACUAAGUAUUGUUUUGAUUUUUUCCAUUUGGACACCUCAAGAGAUUUCAUCCUGCUAAAUGUAAAAUAAAUAAAUAUGCAUUUAUAGUAAAUACAGGGGUAUUAUAGUGACUUGUUGUUGAGUAUUGAAACAUUACUGAAGCUAGUUAAAAGCCUGAUCGUUUUCCUAUAAAUUUGUAACUUACAUUCUUCCCCCACUGGCUUCCUAUUGGCUUUUGUUGUAGUUGUCGGGUCAUUACACAUUACUGUAAUUUGAGCCAUAUCUAAGACUAAGAGAGAAGACUAUUUUACAAUUGGAGUUGUUUGUAUCUCUUCGUUGUCAAACACUGGAGUUAAAUUCUUAGCUACUGUAAUUUAAACCCUCAUGGUUUACCUACAGUUGAAGUCGGAAGUUUACAUACACUUAGGUUGGAGUCAUUAAAACAAGUUUUUCAACCACUCCACAAAUGUCUUGUUAACAAACUAUAGUUUUGGCAAGUCGGUUAGGACAUCUACUUUGUGCAUGACACAAGUAAUUUUUCCAACAAUUGUUUACAGACAGAUUAUUUCACUUAUAAUUCACUGUAUCACAAUUCCAGUGGGUCAGAAGUUUACAUACACUAAGUUGACUGUGCCUUUAAACAGCUUGGACAAUUCCAGAAAAUGAUGUCAUGGCUUUAGAAGCUUCUGAUAGGCUAAUUGACAUCAUUUGAGUCAAUUGGAGGUGUACCUGUGGAUGUAUUUCAAGGCCUACCUUCAAACUCGGUGCCUCUUUGCUUGACAUCAUGGGAAAAUCAAAAUAAAUCAGCCAAGACCUCAGAAUAAAAAUUGUAGACCUCCACAAGUCUGGUUUGCUUGGGAGCAAUUUCCAAACGCCUGAAAGUACCACAUUCAUCUGUACAAACAAUAGUACACAAGUAUAAACACCAUGGAACCACGCAGCCGUCAUACCGCUCAGGAAGGAGACGCGUUCUGUCUCCUAGAGAUGAAUAUACUUUGAUGCAAAAAGUGCAAAUCAAUCCCAGAACAAAAGCAAAGGACCUUGUGAAGAUGCUGGAGGAAACAGGUACAAAAGUAUCUAUAUCCACAGUAAAACGAGUCCUAUAUCGACAUAACCUGAAAGGCCGCUCAGCAAGGAAGAAGCCACUGCUCCAAAACCGCCAUAAAGAAACCAGACUACGGUUUGCAACUGCACAUGGGGACAAAGAUCAUACUUUUUGGAGAAAUGUCCUCUGGUCUGAUGAAACAAAAAUAGAACUGUUUGGCCAUAAUGACCAUCGUUAUGUUUGGAGGAUAAAGGGGGCCGAAGAACACCAUCCCAACCGUGACGCACGGGGGUGGCAGCAUCAUGCUGUGGGGGUGCUUUGCUGCAGGAAUGACUGGUGCAAUUCACAAAAUAGAUGGCAUCAUGAGGAAGGAAAAUGAUGUGGAUAUAUUGAAGCAACAUCUCAAGACAUCAUUCAGGAAGUUAAAGCUUGGUCGCAAAUGGGUCUUCCAAAUGGACAAUGACCCCAAGCAAACUUCCAAAGUUGUGGAAGGUAUUGGAGUGGCCAUCACAAAGCCCUGACCUCAAUCCUAUAGAACAUUUGUGGGCAGGGCAGAACUGAAAAAGCGUGUGCGAGCAAGGAGGCCUAGAAACCUGACUCAGUUACACCAGCUCUGUCAGGAGGAAUGGGCCAAAAUUCACCCAACUUAUUGUGGGAAGCUUGUGGAAGGCUACCCGACACGUUUGACCCAAGUUAAACAAUUUAAAGGCAAUGCUACCAAAUACUAAUUGAGUGUAUGUUAACUUCUGACCCACUGGGAAUGUGAUGAAAGAAAUACAAGCUGAAAUAAAUCAUUCUCUCUACUAUUAUUCUGACAUUUCACAUUCUUAUAAUAAAGUGGUGAUCCUAACUGACCUAAGACAGGGAAUCUUACUAGGAUUAAAUGUCAGGAAUUGUGAAAAACUGAGUUUAAAUGUAUAUGGCUAAGGUGUAUGUAAACUUCCAACUUCAACUGUAUGUGUGUUACGUUCUUCCCCCUCUGUCUUCCUCUUGGUUUUGAUGAAGUUGUCUGGUUAUUACACGUUAAUUUAAAACCUGAUGAUUUCCCUAUCCAAUGAGUGUGUUGCCUUCUAAUUCUUCCAUCUUGUUCGCUUGGUUUUUGUUCAAGUUGUCUGGUAACAAAACAUUACGAUUAGUUAAACCCUUAUGUGUUCCCAAUAGUGCGUGUUAUGUUCUGCCCACCUCUUGGUGUGUCCCAGGUAAGAGUGCCACUGGUUCCCUUUGGAUGUGUGUUACAUUCUAAUACUUCCCCCUUCAUUUUCUCUUCAGGGAGUGGUGCCACAGCCGUGGUGCAGGCGGCCUACUGUGAUCCCAGGAAGGAGAGGGUGGCCAUUAAACGCAUUAACCUGGAGAAGUGUCAGACCAGUAUGGACGAGCUCCUGGUAACACACAUAUACACACACACUACAGACACGCUCCCACACAUGCACGCACGCAAACGCACACACAGACACAGAUAGGUAUGCACACACUCACAUGUUUAGAGCACAUUGUCUUUCAGGAGUUGACAGUAUAGCAAUCAAUACUAUCUAAUCAGUACUAGCUAAUAAUUUGAUAGCAAGCCCUCUUAAAGGGAUAGUGUGAGAUUUUAGCAAUGAAGCCCUUUAUCUACUUACUCAGAGUCACAUGAAUUGUCAAAAUCUCACAAUAUGGCCUCUGAUAUAGCCUAGCUUUAGAGGAGUUACUGGGGAAGAUGAGAGUGUAGCAGCCGAUCCACACAGACACACAAAUCCACCUAGACGUUAUCACUGCAUUGCUGAGACCGAUACAGUCCUCUCAGAUUCUGUCUCUUGCUCUCUUUCUCUUCCUUUUUUUGCAGAAAGAGAUCCAGGCCAUGUCCCAGUGCCACCACCCCAACAUUGUGUCCUACUACACAUCCUUUGUAGUGAAGGACGAGCUGUGGCUGGUGAUGAGGCUACUCAGUGGCGGUAAGCACUACUGUUAGAGUAAAUAUACUUAUGGCUGCCCCUGCACUGGCCUUUCAAACUGUCUGGGAUGGCAGGAUUGGGAUGACAUGUAAUUGGGAUUGAUAUCAGGUUGUUGCCAGCUCGACUGGUAAUAUAGGGUUGAUAAUAGUAAUGAAGUUGCAUUUGAAAUAUACGUUUGUUAUUGAACUACCAGACACCAUCUCCAUCCCAGCUGCCUGCUUACCAGGCUCUAUUGGCCACAGAGCAGCAGCUUUUCUCCAGCUGUGGCCUUGGCUCUCAGCCCAGUACUGUCCAUCCUCCUGGCAUGCAGUAACACUGCCAAGAGAUAGAGGAGGGAUAGGGCAUCUCAGCCCAGACUAUCCUUUCUGCCUUAGAGACUGUUAUGGACACCUCCUUUGAGCUUUAUUUCUUCUGUGGUUUACCUUUGCUUGUAAUGAAACGUGCGUGUGUGUGAUAGCUAUUUCUGUUCACAAAACCUAAAUAACAACAGACUUUUGAAGUAAAGUACUAUUGACCUAAAAGGACUUGACCAAGCAAUUCAUGAUGUUACCGUUGUUCACUCUCUUCUGACGCAUGUUCCAUCCUACAGCUAACUAAUAGUAACCUGGUCCUGUCAUUGCUCCAGUCUUCCGUCUCUCUCUCUUUUCUGUUCUGUCUCUCUCUCAAUAUCUCUUUCUUUCUCAGGCUCAGUACUGGACAUCAUUAAACACAUCAUAUCUCGUGGGGAGCAUAAGUCUGGGGUGCUGGAUGAACCGUCCAUAGCCACAAUCCUCAAAGAGGUCCUAGAAGGACUGGAGUACCUGCAUAAGAAUGGGCAGAUCCACAGGUGCAGUCACAUGUUUUUUAUUUUUAUUUAUUUUUUGAACUUGAAAUAUUUAGCAUGGACUUUACCUGUGUUUUGUUCACUGGCCAACGUCAAAUUAUAGGAAUCUUGUGGAGUUGUGACAUUCAAGAGCCAGUCAAAGACAUUGGCGCACAUCCUAUUUCAUUCUUAACUUCCUCAUUCACUCUUUCAUUCAUGUAAACUCCCUCCUUCAUUCAGUCUUUCAUUCUUUAAUUCAUUUAACAGCUUCACCCCAGGAACACAUAGUGAUCUGUCAUCCAGCUGAAGCACCACAGCGUCAUAAAGAUGAAACAGGCCACUGAAACAGGCUCUCAUCUGUCUUCCAGCUGAAGCACCACAGUGCCAUACAGCUGAAACAGGCCCUAGACACACAGGAUAAUGACUACUUUUUAGUAGUAUUCACUGAACAGUAUGUUUGGCUCAGAUUCAUGGAGUGCAGUUAUCAGGAGCAAAUAAAAAUAGUUUACGGUUUACAGCUCAAACAGGCCACAGACACACACGAUAAUGACUCCUCUUUAAUAGUGUGACCAUGUUUGUCUAGUAGUAGGCCUCUGCUAGGUUACUACCUACUACUUAGUUUAGUUUCAUUACAGGUGACUCCUGAUACUGAUUCAUCUGGUUUGUCUGGUUUCUUCUGUUCACAGGGAUCUGAAGGCUGGUAAUAUUCUUCUCGGGGACGAUGGCUCCGUGCAAAUCGCAGGUAUGGUCACGUGUCCCAAGCCGCCAACUCCCUUAUGCAUAUUUAUGCUGUCAAAGUAUUAACUGUUUUUUUUAUUCUGUUUUUUUUACCAGUAGAAAUUCUACAGACUUCCUAGCAUUUACUCCUCUGGAACAAAUCUAUUGGUUGCCUGUCUCGCUGAUCUCUCUAUCUACCAACUCUCACCUCUCUCCUCCCUUCUGUCUGUCCCAGACUUUGGUGUGAGUGCCUUCUUAGCGGCGGGAGGAGAUAUGACUAGGACUAAGGUUAGAAAGACGUUUGUUGGAACGCCAUGUUGGAUGGCCCCAGAGGUCAUGGAGCAGGUGGGUGGCAAUCCUCUUUCUCUCUCCCGCUUUCUGUUUGUAUUUAUUUCUCUCUCUGUUGCUCUCUCUCUGUCUCUUGCUCUCUCUCUCUCUCUCUCCUUAUCCUCUAUUUUUAUCUAACUUCUAGAUGAAAACUAAUACAUCUCCAAAGACCUUAGUGGAGACAUACACAAUUUCCUCUUGCUUCGGAUCUUUUGAGAAACUACAAGCACUUUACUGAUGUGUAUCUGUCGUGAUUGUUUGUCAGCAACCAUUUUCUCUAACUGUUAGAACAGAUGCUCUUAGAAGAUAUUUGAAAAUAUAUCUUACAAUUAUUAUUCCACUCUCCUCAGGUCAGAGGUUAUGACUACAAAGCAGAUAUCUGGAGUUUCGGGAUCACAGCCAUCGAGCUGGCUACAGGCGCUGCCCCAUAUCAUAAAUAUCCACCCAUGAAGGUGAUUUAUACACAUUUACUUGGAAAGGUGUGGAAGCAGUGUGAUCUUUAUCCACCUGAAAAUAUAUUGCUGAGACUAUCCUGGCUAAAUAUAUAUUUACAUUUUUACAUUGACAUUUUAGUCAUUUAGCAGACGCUCUUAUCCAGAGCGACUUACAGUUAGAGUGCAUACAUUUUUCAUACGAUAUAUGUGGUCCUCUGUAGCUCAAUUGGUAGACCAUGGCGCUUGUAACGCCAGGGUAGUGGGUUCGAUCCCCGGGACCACCCAUACGUAAAAAUGUAUGCACGCAUGACUGUAAGUCUCUUUGGAUAAAAGCGUCUGCUAAAUGGCAUAUUAUUAUUAUUAUUAUGAAUUAAAUUGCCAGCCGAUGUUGUCUUAUAUGUUGUUUGUGUAAUAACCUGGUGUUGUGUGUAAUAACCUAGUCAUGACCAGGUGUUGUGUUUGUAAUAACCUGGUAAUGACCUGGUGUGUGUAACAACCUGGUAAUGACCUGGUGUUGUGUGGGUAAUAACCUGGUGUUGUGUGAGCAAUAACCUGGUGUUUGUAUGUGUGUAGGUACUGAUGUUGACCCUGCAGAAUGACCCUCCCUGCUUGGAGACAGGGAUCCAGGACAAGGAGAUGGUGAAGAAGUAUGGCAAGUCCUUCAGGAAGAUGAUAUCUAUGUGUCUACAGAAGGAGCCUGAGAAAAGGUGACUAUCCCAAACACUCAUUUUUUUGUUGUUGUCAUUUAGCAGAUGCUCUUAUCCAGAGCGACUUACAGGAGCAAUUAGGGUUAAGUGCCUUGCUUAAGGACACAUCAACAUAUUUUUCACCUAGUCAGCUCGGGGAUUAGAACCAGCGACCUUACAGCCACAACGCUCUUAACCACUAAGCUACCUGCCCUCAUAAUAGAAUGUAUGCCAUUUAACAGAUGCUUUUAUCCAAAGUGGCUUACAGUACAGUAAUUGCAUAGAUUUUAGGAUAUGGCCCUAGUGUGAAUUGAACCAACUACCAUGACGUUGCUGGGGCCACGGUCUAACCAACUGAGCCACACCGGACCACUGACUAUGUAACUGACCUGAGAUGGGUAUAGCACAUGGCUAUUCCUGGAGAGCUUCCUCCCUUCAGGCUUUUGCUUCAACCCUAAUCUAACAAAUGUGAUUCUAGGAAUCAGAUGUGUAACAAUAAGGUUGGCUACCUAAUCCCACUGUGACACAAUUUCUCCAAGUUAGCAUUGUCCUUUGUGUGGCACACAAAGGCAGCUAUUAUUAUUAUUAUUCACCUGGGUUUCAACUUUUCUUAAUCCAAUUUGUUGUUGUUGAGUGGAUUCUCUUCCCUCAUCUGAUUUCCUGCCAUGGUGUGUUUAAGGUCCUGCAGGGUAGUAAAUCAUUGUCUCUCUGUCUUUCAGACCAACUGCUGCUGAGCUGCUAAAGCAUAAAUUCUUCACUAAAGCAAAGGUAAGACAGAGACUGUAUAUACACUGAGUGUACAAGACAUUAGGAACACCUUCCUAAUAUUGAGUUGCACCCCUUUUUGCCAUCAGAACAGCCUCAAUUUGUCGACUACAGGGUGUCAAAAGCGUUCCACAGGGAUGCUGGCCCAUGUUGACUCCAAUGCUUCCCUCAGUUGUGUCAAGUUGGCUGGAUGUCCUUUGGGUGGUGGACCAUUCUUGAUACACAUGGGAAACUGUUCAGCGUGAAAAACCCAGCAGCAUGGCAGUUCUGGAAUCACUCAAAUCGGUGCGCUUGGCACCUACUACCAUACCCCGUUCAAAGACACUUCAAUAUUUUGUCUUGCCCAUUCACCCUCUGAAUGGCAUACGUACACAAUCCAUGUCUAAAUUGUCUCAAGGCUUAAAAAUCCUUCUUUAACCUGUCUCCUCCCCUCCAUCUACACUGAUUUUAAGUUGAUUUAAAAAAGUGCCGUCAAUAGGAAUGAUAGCUUUCACCUGGAUUCACCUGGUCAGUCUAUGUCAUGGAAAGAGCGGCUGUUCCUAAUGUUUUGUACACUGCACGUGCAUCCGUAAUAUGUAGGCCCAUUGACAAAUAUGGCUGCUGUUGCAAAGAAAAAGAACCAUGUUGUCAUGUGAUUUUAAUCUUGUUUGUCUGUCUCUGUCAUGCAGAAUAAUGAAUACUUGGAAGAGAAGCUCCUUCAGAAGGGUCCAUCGAUAGUAGACAGAUCCAAAAGGGUACGAGACAACAAAAUUAUAACCCUUGGCAUACACACACAGUGGAAUUCUACGACACACAGUCGGAGCUGUUCUACACGAUACAGUUCUAUAAUUAAAAAAAUCAGCGAUACAGCCUACUGAAUAGGCCCCAGUGCUUAUUCCAGGGUAGUGUAUAUAGUGACAUCAAACACAGGAAUCUACAUAGACACAUCAUGCUCUGACAUCACAUACAGAAACAAACACUACAGGGAAAAAAUAUAAAAUAUACUAGUUAAGGUUUACAAGGGAUUAGUAGUUCAUCAAUAAUAACUAAUUAACUAAUUUUGUAAGAUACAAGAUACAUACAUACAUUUUAGAUACACGUAUAAUCUAAAUAGUCUUUGUCUCAGUUUGUUUAAUCCUAACCAGACAGCAAGUCUCUGUCCAAUCUGCCCUGUACUUGUGUCAGGGAAAGGGUAGUGUAGGCCUACAUAGUAGAAGAAUAAGGAAGUAAUCUAUCUGCUGUAGCGUAGAGCACAUAUUUAUUAUUUCAGCAGCACUAGCUAACACAUAGGGGACCUGAGACAUGAGUGGUCAUGCAGACACUGAGCAUCACAUCACAAUGACUUCCUUCCUGCUAUGUACAGCCGUAGUCUAGGCCUACAGGAUGGCAGGGAAAUGUUGCAUUUUGUGUCUAUGGUUUUACGAUAUUAAAAGUUUGUACAUGAUUUCAGAGGGACUGGUCCAAGGUGUCUUUUUUACUCAAAACCACUCAAUGCCAUGCUAAAGAUCAAAUUGUGGUUUUAGGUGCGCCGUGUGCCUGGCUCCAGUGGUCGUCUUCACAAGACCGAAGACGGGGAGUGGGAGUGGAGUGAUGACGAACUGGAUAUGGAGAGUGAGGAGGGCAAGGCAGCCGUGGCAGCUCUACGGGUGAGACUAACCUAGUUACCCUUACCCUAGCAAUCAGGUUGAAAAUCUUUCAAAUACUUAGCUAUAGGGCCAGAUUCUCAGACAAAGAUUAAGCCUUGUCCUGGACUAAAAAGCAUUCCCAAUUGAGAUUUUCAUCGGAUGUGCUUUUUAGUCCAGGCCUAGGCUUAAUCUGUGUCCAGGAAACCAUCCAUUAUGGUUUUCUCUAGUCUGCCUGGAGUGGUUUAUUUUUAAACCAUAUCUGAACCCAGGUCUGCUAGCUGUAACCUUACUUUAGUCCUGUAGUGAUUCAAUGCCACCUAGGACUCCUCAAUCAAAUCAAUCAAUUAGUUGUUCAAUCAAACCUGUUACACUGUGGGGGAGGAAAAACCUUAAUUUCGUGUUCUUCUGACGUCUGUUAAUCUUUGUGUCAUAUCCCAUUCUAGUCUCCCAGAGUGAAAGAUGGAUCCAUCGAGGUAAGCCCUGGUGUUGAUAUAAAUCAGAAUACCUAAAAACCUUUUAUCUAUUAAUUGCAGAAACAAUAGGAUGCUGGCCAGCUUUAGUUUUGUAUGAAAUUGUAUUAGAAGAAUCAUUGCCAAAUACCUGAUCUAACUCUUUAAUCUGCUCUCCCCAAAAAUAAGUUUAUGGACAUGCAGAUAAUGUGGUAACACUUCACUUAAGGCAUACAGGAAUAAUGCAUUAUGGUGCAGUCAUAAUGCAUUAUAAGACUUGGCAUAAGUAUCUAUAGCCACGCUCACACUGCUCUUAGCCCAGGGCUGACAGCCUCCUGACCCCUGGCCUAAGAGAAUACAGAGACAUUUACAUUUUAGUCAUUUAGUAGACACUAUAGUUAGUGCCUUUAUCUUAAAGAGAUACUUCUCGAUUUCGGCAAUAAAGCCCUAUACCUAGCGUUAGCGCAAUUGCUUACUAGCGUUAGCUCAGUGACUGGAAGUCUAUGGGUAACUGCUAGCAUGCUAGUAGAUACCAUAUACUUCCAGCCAUUGUGCUAAAGCUAGUUAGCAUUGGCUCGCAAAACUACCUCUAACUCCCUUCAUACUGCAUGCAGAGACAAAUGGGAUCCAUGAGUUCAUCUGAUUCUGAGGAAGUAGAUAAAGGGCUUGAUUGCCAAAAUCUCAAAGUAUCCCUUUAAGGUAGCUUGGUAAGAUGACCACAGAAGGUUGACAACCACAACCACAUUUGCCUUAUAAGGUGGAUCAAUCUCUUUCUGAUACAGCAUGAGUUUAUCUCUGGUCCUCCUCAGAUCUUCCCUACAGAGGAUGGUUCUCCCAGUCGGCUCCGUCCUGGAGGGGCAGGGCAGGACAAGCCAGGCGAGGCCACCCUUACCCAGGGAGAAGCUGUAGCCCAGGACCCUGCCGUCACCAAAGUCCCCAUCAGCCUGGUGUUGAGGUUGAGGUACGCAUCUAGUGGGGGGUGACAGUUUUUCCGUUAGGAAAAUGUGGUGCCGGACAUUUAAGAAAUUUACCAGACCCCCAUAUGCAUUGGUUGCAUAACCUGAUUAGGGCGUCCACUCGCGAUUAGGGCGUCCACCCACCCAAAGCUGUGGAUUGUUUUAAAUCGCAUAGCCUACAGUCGGAAGGGCCCUCAAUUUGGGCAAAUCACGCGGCACAUAUCACAUAGAUGAUUGUUGAGUUGCGACAGUCAGUGAAAAGCAGAGAGACCCUGCCAAGCAUAUCGCAAUAUAAAAACAUACACAAUCGUGGAAAAACAGUUUGGAAAACAAAUGGCUAUUGCUGUAAAGAGAAGACAAUGAAAAGUCUCCAAUCUAUCUUUUAGUUAUCAAAAUUCUCUACUUAAUUGACACCAGCGGAGAACAUCGGCCAUAUCCUUGGUGAGUGGGCAUAUUCACUGUCUUUAUCAUUUGGUCAGUGCCACUUUUGUUUGUUUUUGGACAAUAAUUUCCUCCUCCAGGUAGGAUGGAUGUCAUAUUGUGUUUGGGUCUCCCCUUUUCGUAGGCCGAUUAUAUGGAUCUGACAAUGUCGUUUUUAUUGAUCUGUUUGUCAGUAUCAGCAGAGUAGGCCACCCUGUAAUUUGUCGUAUUAAAAAAUAUUCUGCUAAUGUCUCCAGUCAUAUAAAGUGUAGUAAAAUUGCAUGAAAUGUGUUUAUAAAAGGCCAACAUUUUCCUGUGCAAAGAAAGCUUAACAUUUCUUCUCCUAUCUGAUAUAGCCUAGGCCUACUCUAAGCCACUACGCACGCUGCAUUGAACAGUAUUUUUUGCGAACAGUGAUUGAGUUAUAUUAUUAGCCUAAAUUAUGACCAUCCAAUCUAAUCAUCACAUUAGGAAUAUUAGGCUAUUUUACAUAAAUCUGCAAAUGUGAGGAUGCAUGGAAUGCUUUAUUAUAAAGGUGAAUUUCUAUGGUGGAAAUUAGCUUCCCCAAAUUUGAAACCCACGUGCUGCCUAUGUUAGAAUAACUGCCCACAUUUACUUUUCCUCAGCCAACAAGACGAGGAACGAACCGCAAAAUCACUAGCCUAUACCAAUCUACUAUCCCCCAUAGUAGAAAACUUUACCUAUUCUAUUGGACAGCUUGUCGUUCUGUGCGAGAAAGAAGUAGCCUAUUCCAAACCGACGAUAGAUCCCAAAUACAUAUAACCAGUAGGCCUAGGCUACAUCCCCAAAACUUAAAAAGGCAAUGAGGCUCAUGCAACAGAUCAGAACGUUAAGCAUAAAAUGUUGAUAAACUAUUAUUUCUUCACAUUAUAAGCACAGCAAUGUGCACUAAUUCCCAUAAUGCAAUUAGUGGGAAAACGCCAUUGUGAGCGGUUUCAUGUGACGGAGAUGGAAAUAUCCGUUAGAAAUGUUGAAAGAGGGGAGAUCUAAAUAUGCAACAACUAGCAGGGGUUGCUAAUAUGACUAGGAUUGUGCCUUUGGCUACUGGACAAUGAAAGAAAGUUCAUUUGUAAACCAAUGGAACAUGAGAGAAAAAGGCUACUGGUUUCAAUGGCAUAUGGAAGUCUUUAUAAAAUAAAUGUCUUUAUAAAAUAAUUGGUUGGAUUUUGGCUAGGAUACUUUGAAGCAAGGUAAGACAUGCCUCAUAAUAUUUAGUAAAACGUUCAGGUUUCAAACAAUUAAGUAUAUGUUUUCAAAAUGCAUACUGCCUCCAGCUCAUUGCAAAGUGGUGUGUGAUGCGCUGAAGCCUGCCUAAUUGCCUAUGCACUUGAAUGGGAAGUGCGCUUCAAUUACCAAUUGAGAAGUAAAAAUAGUAGCUUUUUUUAAUCAUGGCCAUUGUUGUUUUUUGCACGCGAUUGCCUUUAGAAUUGUUGCGCAAUGAUUGGGCUUAUUAAAGUAUGUUUCACUACAGCAGCAACAAACAGCUGUUUGAGCUGUAUCAGCAGCUCUCGCGCUACAUCCACAAUGAAUAGGCUAAAAUACAUUAGGUUCCCUCCCCAGAUGUUUUAGAGGCAAUUUUUCUCAACCCCUGGUCUGUUGACCGGUUCUGGUCCCUGGGAUGUUACUGACCGGUCCCUCAGAUGGUUCGCUGACAUUGAUUUAGUCCAUUCUCCAGUGCUAGUUUUAAUCAAAGUGGUCCUCCUAAGAGAAAGGAUCAUAACUUGAUGGCCUAUACAAAAAAGAUUCAGAAACACUGACCGACUGAAGCGCACCGGCAGCGCACGAGUGACAUUCUGAGUAAUAUUCCUUUUAGUUAUAGCUUAUUUCAAUAAAUAUGUUGUAUACAUUUUUUACAUUUUUAGUCAUUUAGCAGACACUCUUAUCCAGAGCGACUUACAGUUAGUGAGUGCAUACAUUUUUCAUACUGGCCCCCCGUGGGAAUCGAACCCACAUUCCUGGCGUUGCAAGCGCCUUGCUCUACCAACUGAGCUACAGGAGGGCCCUUUAUACAGAACGCCAAAGCAACACAAUGUCCAGUCAGAAAAUAUUCUCGCUCUCUCACUCACUCACUAAUACAAUUGCUCAGAGAAUAAAAAAAAUGAAAAAAGAUAGGGGUCAAAAUUGACACCUUUGUUUUCAUUACUGUUGCCCCCAGUCCUUGCGAGGAUAACGACGCUGAACGACACUGAGCCUUUUUCUAAAAUGUCUUAUGAGAUUGGAGAACACAUUGGGAGGGAUCAAAGACCUUUCCUCCAUACAGAAUCUUUCCAGAUCAUUGAUAUCCUUUAUCUCCCUGCAUGAACUGCCCUCUUCAAUUAAAACCACAGGUUUUCAAUGGGGUUCAAGUCUGGAGACUGAGAUGGCCAUUGCAAAAUGUUGAUUCUGUGGUCAAUUAAUCAUUUCUUUGUGGAUUUUCAUGUGUGCUUGGGGUUAUUGUCUUGCUGGAAGAUCCACUUGCGGCUAAGUUUCAGCCUCCUGGGAGAGACAACCAGGUUUUUGGCUAAAAUGUCCUGGUACUGGGUAAAGUUCAUGAUGCCGUUGACCUUAACAAGAGCCCCAGGACCAGUGGAAGCCAAUUAGCCCCAUAACAUUCUCCGUCAUAUUCUCAAUCACAGCUUUAUGAGAAGUUGAACAAACAAUAUUAAGAGGACGAUGAGGCAAAUGAAGCAAUUAUUAUCCAGUUCUGAAUACUGCAGACUUUGCUUCUAUCCAUCCAAUGAUUUAUAACCUAACUCACUACGGCAAGACUGCCCAUUCCUCAUCAGUUGACUGUCACUUUGCUCCGUCAUGUGAAGCCUGUUCCAUGCCUGAAGCUCCACCACCAGAAAGGAAUAUUAGAAAAUAUUUGCCUGCACUUAGUCUCUGUCCAGGCUUUCAACAUUAUCUUUUGUCGUGAUUUGUCCAGUUGUAACAUCCGAUUUCGCGCUAUAGCCCAACAGUGUUUAAAAAAAAAUAUAUAUAUAUAUAACAAAAAAAGUGUUGGCCAAUAGGGGCUGAUACCUUUGUAAAUCACAAUGUUUUAUCAGUAGAUAAUCACGAUUGGACAAUGGUUGACACCGCAUAACCCUAAUGUCCAGACCUCCUCCUAACCAGUUCUAACUCUCCUCUUCCCAGGAACUUGAAGAAAGAACUGAACGACAUCCGGUUUGAGUUCAUGCCUGGUAGAGGUAAGUGUCUGUCUGUUUGUGUGUGUGUUAGCUAUUUCCUGCUAUAUCCCUCAUCACACUCACCAACACAUUGCUGCUCUGUUAUGUUAAACUGGAGCCAACAGAGGGAGCUAACUGGCUGACUUUUGGCUGGUCUUGCACGCUUGUUUGCUUGUUAACACAUACAGUGCCUUCAGAAAGUAUUCACACCCCUUGACUUGGAUGCGUCUCAAUCUACCGCAUCCGCCGAUGUCGCACUUCCGCAUCUGUGGUGAAAGGUGGCAGAGCUAGAGCGGUGUUUGUCAGACCAUGAGACAUCCCGAUAAUCGGUCUUCUCACAAAAAACGUCUGUAGCGUCCGAAAGGUUUCACAAUUGGCCUCAGGGUGAAAUCCCAGAGCGGUUUCCUUCCUCUCUGGCAUCAGAGUUAGGAAUGGUGCCUGUAUCUUUGUAGUGACUGGGUGUAUUAAUACACCACCCAAAGUGUUAUUAAUAACUGCACCAUGCUCAAAGGGAUAUUCAAUGUCUGCUUAUUUUUUUACCCAUCUACCAAUAGGGUGCCCUUCUUUGCGAGACAUUGGAAAACCUCCCUGGUCUUUGUGGUUGAAUCUGUGUUUGAAAUUCACUGCUCCACUGAGGGACCUUACAUAUAAUUGUACAGUGGGGGAAAAUAUUAUUUAGUCAGCCACCAAUUGUGCAAGUUCUCCCACUUAAAAAGAUGAGAGAGGCCUGUAAUUUUCAUCAUAGGUACACGUCAACUAUGACAGACAAAAUGAGAGAAAAAAAUCCAGAAAAUCACAUUGUAGGAUUUUUAAUGAAUUUAUUUGCAAAUUAUGGUGGAAAAUAAGUAUUUGGUCAAUAACAAAAGUUUCUCAAUACUUUGUUAUAUACCCUUUGUUGGCAAUGACACAGGUCAAACGUUUUCUGUAAGUCUUCACAAGGUUUUCACACACUGUUGCUGGUAUUUUGGCCCUUUCCUCCAUGCAGAUCUCCUCUAGAGCAGUGAUGUUUUGGGGCUGUCGCUGGGCAACACGGACUUUCAACUCCCUCCAAAGAUGUUCUUUGGGGUUGAGAUCUGGAGACUGGCUAGGCCACUCCAGGACCUUGAAAUGCUUCUUACGAAGCCACUCCUUCGUUGCCCGGGCGGUGUGUUUGGGAUCAUUGUCAUGCUGAAAGACCCAGCCACGUUUCAUCUUCAAUGCCCUUGCUGAUGGAAGGAGGUUUUCACUCAAAAUCUCACGAUACAUGGCCCCAUUCAUUCUUUCCUUUACACGGAUCAGUCGUCCUGGUCCCUUUGCAGAAAAACAGCCCCAAAGCAUGAUGUUUCCACCCCCAUGCUUCACAGUAGGUAUGGUGUUCUUUGGAUGCAACUCAGCAUUCUUUGUCCUCCAAACACGACGAGUUGAGUUUUUACCAAAAAGUUAUAUUUUGGUUUCAUCUGACCAUAUGACAUUCUCCCAAUCCUCUUCUGGAUCAUCCAAAUGCACUCUAGCAAACUUCAGACGGGCCUGGACAUGUACUGGCUUAAGCAGGGGGACACGUCUGGCACUGCAGGAUUUGAGUCCCUGGCGGCGUAGUGUGUUACUGAUGGUAGGCUUUGUUACUUUGGUCCCAGGUCUCUGCAGGUCAUUCACUAGGUCCCCCCGUGUGGUUCUGGGAUUUUUGCUCACCGUUCUUGUGAUCAUUUUGACCCCACGGGGUGAGAUCUUGCGUGGAGCCCCAGAUCGAGGGAGAUUAUCAGUGGUUUUGUAUGUCUUCCAUUUCCUAAUAAUUGCUCCCACAGUUGAUUUCUUCAAACCAAGCUGCUUACCUAUUGCAGAUUCAGUCUUCCCAGCCUGGUGCAGGUCUACAAUUUUGUUUCUGGUGUCCUUUGACAGCUCUUUGGUCUUGGCCAUAGUGGAGUUUGGAGUGUGACUGUUUGAGGUUGUGGACAGGUGUCUUUUAUACUGAUAACAAGUUCAAACAGGUGCCAUUAAUACAGGUAACGAGUGGAGGACAGAGGAGCCUCUUAAAGAAGAAGUUACAGGUCUGUGAGAGCCAGAAAUCUUGCUUGUUUGUAGGUGACCAAAUACUUAUUUUCCACCAUAAUUUGCAAAUAAAUUCAUUAAAAAUCCUACAAUGUGAUUUUCUGGAUUAUUUUUUCUCAAUUUGUCUGUCAUAGUUGAUGUGUACCUAUGAUGAAAAUUACAGGCCUCUCAUCUUUUUAAGUGGGAGAACUUGCACAAUUGGUGGCUGUAUGUGUGGGGGUACAGAGAUUAUGUAGUCAUUUAAAAAUCAUGUUAAACACUAUUAUUGCUACUUAUUAUGUGACUUGUUAAGCACAUUUUUACUCCUGUUCGGGCAAAAUGGUUUUGUUACAGUCUAAUACUAUGUAAAGUACUAAAUAUACUAUAUCACUGGUAAUUUUCCACAGCUGUCCAGUACCUUCUUCACACACCGCAACAAAGGAGUGAUUUGUUACUGGCUCUUUAUCUUUAGGGCACCCAAUGCCCAUCCAGGCUGAAUUCUUGUUCUAUCUGUUUCGGCUCUAAAGAUCUUAUCACAUGUAAGCUUGCCUCCCUCUUGUAGGGGUAAGCAGUUAUUUGUGUAGGUGAAGUAUAUAAAUGACUGUGAUUCUGUAGAUUUUUUUUGUUUGUCCGCCCCAGUAUAUCCUGAGUGAACUUCCCUGCAAUUGCUUGAAUUAACUCUUAUUUACUGGAUAAUGAGCUCUGCCUGAUCCUUGGAACGAGUUUUCCUCAACACUCCUGAACUUAUUUAGGCUUGCCAUAACAAAAGGGUUGACUACUUAUUGACUCAAAUUAUUUCAGCUAUAAACAUUUUUAUAAACAUUUAUAAAAAUUAUAAUUCCACUUUGACAUUAUGGCGUAUUGUGUGUAGAUCAGUGACACAAUCUCAAUUUAAUCAAUUUUUUUAUUCAGGCUGUAGCACUACAAAAUGUGGAAAAAGUCAAGAGGUGUGAAUACUUUCUGAAGUCACUGUAACUAACAUCUACCGUAUUUUCCGCACUAUAAGGCGCACCGGAUUAUAAGGCGCACCUUCAAUGAAUGGCCUAUUUUAGAACUGUUUUCAUAUAUAGGGCGCACCGCAUUAUAAGGUGCAUAGAAUAGAAGAUACUGUAGUCAAACGGUUGACUGGGGUUGCGUUAUGCAUCCACUAGAUGGAGCUGUGCUAAAGGGAAUGUCAACAAAACAGUCAGAUAAAGUCAAACUUUAUUAAGCGUUCUGACAACUCCGUUCACUCCCAUGGUAACGUUGUUCAAACGUUAAUGUGCAUAUUAACAAUAUCUCCCAGCCUUGCUCACUCUUCUCCCAAACGUGGAGGGGAACUUUUCCCUGAUUCAGUAAACACGUAGUAAAAGAAACAGUCUGAUACCACUAAAUCAAACGUUAGUGCAUAACUCAACAUUGUUCAGUUACGUAUAACACGUAAAGCUCACUUUUUCAGUUCAUUCCCCGUCCACGAAUCCCUCGAAUUCUUCUUCUUCAGUGUCCGACUUGAACGGAAACUCUGUUUAGUCUUCUUUACUUGGCGCAGGUCAUCUUCUUGCUUCCUCCACUUCCGUACCAUUGAUUCAUUAAUGUUGAAUUCUCUCGCUGCUGCUCUAUUCCCAUAUUCUACUGCGUGAACGACAGCCUUGAGCUUGAACUCUGCGUCGUAAGCAUGUCUCUUGAAAGGUGCCAUUUUGGGGUCUUUAUACACACACAAGUGGUGUGGGACUGUGAGUAAGCACAGUACCGGUGUUUACUGACUACGGUAGCCGUAAUGCUGCAAGCGGUGCGGCUUUGUAGUUUACCAGUCGUACUGAAACAUUUCAUUAUUAUUAAAUUGUUUUUAUUGGUUUUUCAUACUGAAACAUUUUGACAGAGCGCCUUGAGCGCCGUGUACAACCAGUAUGGAUCAAACAAUUAACCAAUUGAUCCAUAUAUAAGGCGCUCCGGAUUAUAAGGCGUACUGUCGUUUUUUGAGAAAAUUAAAGGCUUAUAGUGCGGAAAAUACGGUAAUCAAAAGAGGACCAUCGCACUCACCCAAAAGUUUGGUGGUUGUAUAAAACCUGUGAAUCCAGAUGAGCAAAAAAGUGUGAUGGGAUCCGCACUCAAAAAUAUGUUGCAUAAAGCUUACUUUAUAUGUAAAAAAUAUAUACCUUUAUUUUCACUGCUUCAGAACAGAUGUUUCAACUUAACAGCCUUCUUCAUGUAGGUUCAAAUCUUUUCAGAUCAGAAACAGCAUUUAUAGGGAACAAAAGUGAUCAACAGGUGAGAAGCAGGUGUUUCUAAUCAGGGUUGCCAGUCAUCUGCCAAUCAGGGAUGUGGCUUUUCUGGUCUACCUGUAUACUGGUUACAAUCACAAAGAAAUACAGAAUAUGGACCCCAUCACACUUUUUUUUUCUUCACAUAACUAACCACUCCUGACUCUCUGGAUCUCCCCCAUCUAUCUCUUUCUCUCUCGCUCUCUCUCUCGCUUCCUCUCUCUCUCUCGCUUCCUCUCCCCCCCCCCCCCCCCCCCCCCCCCCGGCCGUCCUCAGAUUCAGCAGAUGGAGUGUCUCAGGAGUUGGUAUCUGCAGGUCUAGUCGAUGGGAAAGACGUAGUGGUUGGUGAGUAUGAAACCAAAGCUAAGAGAGAUCUAGGAUAACAUAUCCCAGUCCCUGACUGUGAUAACUUCACCAAAGCCACUAGAGGUCAGUAAAGUCACAGGUCAGGCUGAAAUGAAUGAUUGCGACAACAUUUUGGGUAUGUGGAAAUAUAAUAAUUAGUAGUAUGUGACCAUUAGAAAAUUUAGUAUGCUUUAAAUGCCAGGAUGUCAUACUCAUUUUGGCUUUUCAUCUAGUCGAUUUAUCUGCACACUAUUAAGGAAGAGAAUCAUAUUUUCAGACCCACGUGUGUUUGACAACAGCUGAUAAUCAAAGAAGGGGACAGGCUGUAGAAAAAUGAACGAAUGGCUGGAAACAACGCAAUUGCGCAUUAGAUGACACAUUCUCAGUAUGGGUGAGCCUAGUAUGUUGAUAUUUGUUGCUUACUGCAUACAUUUUACUAAACAGUACGUUCUAAAUAGUAUGUAGAACGAUUAGUACACAGUAUGUCGUUUUAGUAAGUAGUAGGCAAGACACAUUUUAGACACGGUCAUUGACUCGAGAGAUGGCGAAAGUUAUGCUGGUUUUAGAGAGGUUCAGAUUCUUGAUUCCACCUCUGUAUUCUUUCCAGUUGCUGCAAACCUGCAGAAGAUUGUUGAUGAUGCUUUCAACAAUAAAAAUAUCACUUUCAAACUGGUAAGUUCAAUAUUUUGUUUCAAACAAAAGCUUCCAUUUUUGGCCUGUUGAAAUAGCCCUGCUCAAAGAGAGAUGCACUGAACAUUUAUUUUUCUAUCUUUCUCAGGCAUCUGGCAUAGACGAGUCGGAGAUCCCUGACGAUGUCAAACUGAUGGGUUUCGCUCAGCUCAGCAUCAGUUAACUCAAUAUUCCGUCAACAAAGGAGAACAAACAGUAUUGCACAGCAGCAUAGUUCUAAAUUCCAAGACACCACUCUUGCCAAAGAAGAGCGCUACAGUGCAUUUGUCAACCUGUAGGGUUCUUUUCUUUACUGAAACCUGCAGUGUUAGUUAAAAUAGAUGGGCUCUGAGAAUGGGACCAUUGUAACAAAAAGACAACAGUUAGAACAGGAAAUCACUUAAAAGAGUUUACAGCAGUGUAUCUGGGAGGGAGGACGGCAACGCAAUCGACUUAAAAAUAAACAACAAAUGUUUCUUACUUAGUUUUCUACAUUUAGCUCUACAAUCCAAAACAUAUUCUAAUAUAACUCCUGUCAGUUCUGGAAGUGAUAACUUAUAGUGCCUUCGGAAAAUAUUCAGACCCCUUGACUUUUUCCACAUUUUGUUACGUUACAGCCUUAUUCUAAAAUGGAUUAAAUAAAUACAAAUCCUCAUCAAUCUACACACAAUACCCCAUAAUGUCAACGUGAAAACA